AUGUUCUCUGCCAUGCUGAUGGACGCCUACAGUGAUGAACGUCCUGGGAUCCGCAUCGCCUACAGGACAGACGGCCAUCUUCUGAAUCAACGGCGGAUGCACUUCCAAUCGCGCGUAUCCACAACCACCGUUCGCGAACUUCUCUUCGCCGAUGACUGCGCUCUGAACACCAUCUCGGAAGAGGAGAUGCAACGGAGCAUAGACCUCUUCUCUGUCGCCAGCGAGAACUUCGGUCUGGUCAUUAACACGCAGAAGACGGUGGUCAUGCAUCAACCGCCACCCAACACAGCUACUCCUCCCAACGCGCCGCAAAUCAGUGUGAACGGAACCCAACUGCAAGUGGUGGAGAACUUCCCGUACCUGGGCAGCACCCUCUCCCUUAACACCAAAAUCGAUGACGAAGUAGCUCACAGGAUCUCGAAAGCCAGUCAAGCCUUCGGUCGCCUCCAAAGCACAGUCUGGAGUCAUCAAGGUCUCCAACUGAGCACGAAGCUGAAGAUGUACAAGGCCGUCAUCCUGCCGACGCUGCUGUACGGAGCGGAGACUUUGACAGUAUACACAAAACAGGCUCGUCGACUGAACCAUUUUCACCUCAGUUGUCUCCGUCGCAUCCUGAGGCUGAACUGGCAGGAUCGAAUCCCCGACACUGAUGUGCUCGAACGGACGGGAAUCGUCAGCAUAUACACCAUGCUGAGGCAAAUGCAGCUGCGCUGGGGCUGCCACCUGGUGCGCAUGGACGACGAGCGACUACCCCAACGACUGUUAUACGGAGACAACGCGACGGGCUCUCGCCGCCAAGGAGACCAAAUUCGUCGAUACAAGGAUACUCUGAAGUCCUGCUUGAAGCAGCCGCAAAUCAACCCGAUCAACUGGGAAGAGCUCGUCCUCGACCGACCGAGAGAGGGAAAGUGAAGACAGGCACUGUGAUCUAUGAGGCCAACAGAAUCGCCGCUGCCAAAGUGAAACGCGAAGCAGGCAAAUUACAACUACGCCCCGUCAGCAACGCCGACGCACCAACGCUUCCAAAGUGUCCUCGGCGUCAACAGGCACGUCGGGCACGAACUGGACUCACUGAAAAUCUUCGGACCAACUGCACCUCCCAUACCGCACCAACCGCCGCCCCUCUGCCCGCCUGUGCCUCGUCCUCUCCGCAACCAACUGACUCUGACAAUUUUUCUGAACCAUCAAUUCCGUCUUCCCCCUCCUCCUCCUCCUCCUCCUCCUCCUCCUCCUUUCUCCUCCUUCUUCUCCUCCCCUUCCCUGUCUCUUGCUCCUCCUCCUGUCCCACUGCACCAACCACGGCUGCGCUUGAGGCCUUCAAUCACACCAGCAUCACACACAUCAAUGACACAACAACAGACAUCAUCCCGCCAACCUCCGACUCCAGGGGUGAGGAACAGGAAUUCACCUGCUCUCACUGCGACCGCACAUUCAUCCGCCUGAUCGGUCACUUGCGAAUUCAUCCCACGGAGACUGACGAACCAGUGCCUGGACCACAAACCAAUACCCGCCAAGCUCGCCUCCACGGCCCACACUGCCCUCGCAAUUUCACGCAUCGCAUGGGUCUACAAGGCCACAUGCGCAUCCACGACGACCUGCGGUAG